AUGACAGAGGAAUUGGAUAUUAUUAAAGCCACUUUUAGCUCUGUUGUAAACCUUCCUGCUAAUACAGAUAUAGGGGAUUAUAUCCUUGUACCAUUUAGUGACCCAGUUGUCGCAGAACCUAUAGUGACGUUAAGUUUUAAAGAAUUUAAAACUGAAUUAAAUAGAAUCACGCUAAAUGGAGGACGAGAUUGUCCAGAAGUCGCACUUUCGGGCAUUGAGAAAGCUUUGGUAAUAAGCAAGCCCAGAUCAAAUAUUUUUCUCUUCACAGAUGCAUUUCCGAAGGAUAUUAAUAAGCUGGCGUCUAUAGAGAACCUUUGUAGGAACUCAUUAAGUCAGGUUAUCAUAUUUUUGACUGGAUACUGUAAAAAUGGAUCUCGAGGAAAUGUUGAAGCUUAUUAUGAUGUAGCUAAAGCCUGCUCCGGCACAGUGUUUCAGUUGAAUAGCGCCGAUUUAAGACAGGUUUUCCGAUAUAUAAAGGAAAUCAUAAAAGUGGAAUGGACCAACGUAAUUUCUUAUGAUAACUUUCAAAACUAUAAAGAAAUCUCGUUUUCAGUGGACUCUUUUACAAAAGAUGUAAUAUUGGCGAUAUCUGGGAAAUAUCUAUUAGUUAAAUUGUCUCCAGUAGACAAAUCAAAUGUAACACUUGAGAAUAUUCUGGAAUCUUCACGUGCACAGGUAAUUCGAUUGGCAGAAGCCUUACCCGGCGACUACACCGUUAGUGUCAGAAGCCAGGGCACCACUUCUCUCACCUUGUAUAAGAAAUUUCAACUACCCAUGCAAAUAGGGUUUCUCAACUAA